AGCGCGGGGGGCGGGAGCGGAGAGCGGGGAGCGGGCGGGCCGCGCUCCCACCGCGCUCCCGCCGCGCCGCGUCCGCGCCGCGCCGCUCCGCCGCGCCCCACAAAAGUGCGGGGUUUGCCGCGGCCGGGCCGCAGCCCAGCCGCUUCCCGGGCCGGAGGGGGCGCGGAGCAGCCGCCGCGCCGCGUCGAGCUGAGCUAAGCCGAGCCGAGCCGUGCCGUACCGAGCCGUGCCGCGGCGCUGCGGGGGGCGCUGCGCCGCGCCGGGCUGGGUUUUUUUAUUUCCAAUUUUUGAUCGCAGCUGCAUUUCCCUCCCCCCGCCCCCCCGCGCCGAGGAGGAGCCCCGGCUUUAUGUGGUGCUGCCCGGAGAGCGCUCGGCGGCCGUGAAGUUCUUUGUGUCGCCGUCGCCUUCUUUUUUUUUUUUUUUUUCUUUUUUUUUUUUUUUAAAUGUAUAACUUAAUGGGUCUGAACAGCACGGCCGUAGCUAUUCAGCCCAAUGUGUCCUGCACAUGCAACUGCAAAAGGUCUUUGUUCCAGAGCAUGGAGAUCACGGAGUUGGAGUUUGUACAGAUAAUCAUAAUCGUGGUGGUGAUGAUGGUGAUGGUGGUGGUGAUCACGUGUCUGCUGAACCACUACAAACUCUCUGCGCGAUCCUUCAUCAGCCGGCACAGCCAGGGGAGGCGGAGAGACGAGAACCUCUCAUCAGAGGGAAGCCUGUGGCCUUCGGAAAGCACCGUGUCGGGGAAUGGAAUAACGGAGCAGCAAAUCUACACCCCGAGACCCAGCGACCGCCUAGCAGUGCCAUCCUUUCUGCAGAGGGACCGCUUUAACAGAUUCCAGCCAACCUACCCCUACAUGCAGCACGAGAUCGACCUGCCACCCACCAUCUCGCUGUCGGACGGCGAGGAGCCCCCCCCAUACCAGGGACCCUGCACGCUGCAGCUGCGAGACCCUGAGCAGCAAAUGGAGCUCAACAGAGAGUCGGUCCGGGCACCCCCCAACAGAACCAUCUUUGACAGUGACUUGAUAGAUAACUCCGUGUAUGGGGGGCCGUGCCCCCCCAGCAGUAACUCUGGCAUCAGCGCGACCUGCUAUGGGAGCAAUGGUAGGAUGGAGGGACCGCCGCCGACGUACAGCGAGGUGAUAGGGCACUACCCCGGGUCGACGUUUUACCAGCACCAGCAGAACAACAACGGGAUGCCCUCCAUCUUGGAGGGCAGCAGACUCCAUCAUUCACAAAUCAAUGGCCUUGAGAGCACAACCGCGUGGAACAAAGAGAAAGAGAAACAAAAAGGGCACCCCUUUUAAAAAAAAAAAAAAAAGAAAAGAAAAAAAAGAAAAAAGCAAGAAAGUAAAUGAAACACUCUGCACUUCUCGUUAAAAAGGAGAGAGAGAGAGAGAGAGUUGAGGAAGAUGAGCAAAGAAAAAAAAAAAAAGCCCUUCCCCAUCUCUCCAUGUAUAAAUAUUUACUUGUUAUGUCUGGUCUGAAUGCACAAGCCUACCAAGCUUGCAAAAACAUUUCUUUAUUGAGCUGUGUCUAGACGUUUAAAAAGGAAAAAAAAAUCAACUGUAGUCCUUUUUUUUUUUUUUUUUGUUUUGUUUCUAGUUGAGCUGUGUGUGAAUGCUUUUUUUGUUUGAUUAUUUCACUUAUCUUUAAAGACAAAAUAUUUGCACAAAAAACAUUUUGUUUAAAGAUCUGCAAUAUAAAUAUAUAAAUAUAUAUUAAAAAUAAGAGAAAGUGUAUGUGUAAGGAGCAGGAGUAUUUUUGUAUUAGAAGAGGCCUAUUCAAAAAAAAAAAGUUGUUUUCUGAACUAGAAGAAAAAUGGCAAUUUUUUGAGUGCCAACUCAAAAAGUGUGUAUUACAUUGUAAAAAAACAAAAAACAAAAAAAAAUCAAAAGCAGGGGUUUAGAGUUAUUUAUAUAAAUGUUGAAAUUUUGCACUAUUUUUUAAUAUAAAUAUGUCAGUGCUUGUGUUGGUCAAAGCCUCUAUCAUGUCUACCAUGAACCUGUUAAGGGAUAUAUGUCGAAGUGAAGAGCAAAGUAGCUGGAAGGGGGUGGAAAAAAGCUGAAGUGGAGAUGCCAGCCCUGGGAGGAGCGGUGAGCGAGACUGCAUCUUAUGCAAAUCCUUAAUUUCCAGAGUCCCUGCGCGUGGCCGCCAACAGUCACGGCUUUAUACAUUCCCUACAAAGCAAGAGGAGUUGGUGUGUGUCUGUAUGUCAUCUGGUAGGAUUAUUGGAGUAAAAAGGUGAAAUAAAAAGUCCCUGCUUCUGAGAGUCAGGAAUGACUGAAGCAGACAAAAAUUACUUGAUUUUUUUUUUUUUUUUUUUUUUUU